CGCCCCCCUGCACUCAAGACCUGAGGAAAUCCAGCCCAAGUUCGCCGCGAUGACUGUGCUGCUGGCAUCGGGGUUUCUCCGCGGCAUCCCUGCCUCUGGACCGCCUCACCGCUGCUCGCUUUGAAUCCUGAACACUGGGUUAAAGCUUAAUUCUCAUGUCGUGGUUGCUGGGCUGCUGCUUUCCUGUGUUUGGCGAUGGGAGGUGGAGGAAAAGGGAUUGUCCGUGAGUCAACACUGAAAAUGUGAUUAGGAGGAACUGCUUUCACUAAUCUGUGUCUAACCUUUUAGUCCAUGUUGGCCUGUGACCCCUUUCAGCUUUCAGAUCGAGCCUGAUUAGGUAAGUGUAAAUUAUUCACUCGGGGCGAGGGAAGGUGGAUGGAAACCUUUUACUCAGAGACUUACCUACGAUCUUGGCCUCUCUCAUGAUGAGAAAUGAUGAGAAAGUUCAGCUGUAAACUAAUUCUGAGCAAAGCAGCAUUUGUUUACUUGUUGAAAUCUGUCCGUACGAGGCGUCUGCAGUCUGUCUGAUUUCCAGGAUCGCCGCUGAGCUGAGUGCCUGUGAGUUGCUGUGGGACGUCUCAGAUGACUACAGGCUGUAGCAAAAUAUAGCGGUCUUAUUUAUGAUCUUCAGAGAACUUUUUUUUUUUUUUUAAUUCAGAGAGCUUCCUCAUCACACUUCAGCACAUUGCCUUGAUCAUUUCACAGUUCCUCAGACAUUAAUUGCUUCAUUUGCUCCUGCUUUUUGAUUUUUUCUCCCUAAAUACCCACCAAUCUGCAAUAUUGCAAGCUACCUGUAGCAUUUAGGUGGGCAAGAUUCCCUGCUCUGGCAAUGGGUAAAGCAGCUGCAGCUGCAUGAAUCGCCUGAUUCUCAAGCAACACAUUACGAUAGAUAUUGCUGAUAGUUGUAAGAGGGUGCACAGCCCUUGUGAUGGGAAAGGAGCUAGUCCUUCAAUUAAGAAGAUGUCUUUUGAAUUUGAUAAAGCUUGUGUAAUAUCCGGUGUCUCCCUCUGUUGUGGCUUUGGAAAAACUGCUUUGUCAACAGGAUCCCUUAGCUGCUUCUCUAGGAUUAAAGCCUUCUCCUGCUGCUGCUGCUGCUGCUUUUUUCCUUCAAUUAAGGAGAACUAAUUGCUGAAAAUCUGCAGUACAAAAAUCCCAGUACAGAAAAAAUGCCUCCCUGGGGGUGGAGGGGGAGGACGUGUUUUCCUGUGUGUGCAGGCUAAUGCAUGUUUGUGUAUGGUGCGUGUGUCUGUCCGCACACUGAGACGGGAGGACGAGAAGCAGUGCCACACGCAUCCAAACAAGCCCUUUCUGGUGAGUGCCAGAAACUCCCUCCAUCACCCUCCCUCCCCAUAAGGCUCAUAUCUCAUCCAAAAGUUUCCUGUAAUACUUCGCCCAGUUCUCAGAUCGGUCAGGAGCCAUGCUCCUGCUGGCGCUGCGCUGGCUGCUGGCCAGCGGGUAGGAAGGACGGCGUGCUGGUGGCAGUGAUGUGGCACCGCGGGCAGCCAAUCGCGCACCCGAGGCACAGGCACCGAGCCUGCUCUUGGCGCUGGUUCUCCCAGGGGUGAUGCAAAGCUUCUCCCUCCCUUGGUCGCUCCAUGGCUCUGCCACUCAAGCUGAGCUCUCCAAAGGUCAGGCCGUGCUGCAUCGCUCCCCAAGUUUUCCAAAGACUCCAGCCUAAGCAGACAGACACAUUUCAGCAGCUCCAUGCGCUCCGCAGGCAUUUAACAUCAUCCUGCUCUCAGCAUUUCUCUCUGGGAAUUCCUAAAAUGCUGAAUAAUGGGGAAUGUGGAUUACAUCGUGCUUUCUGUCGGGAUUAUACGAACCUGCCGCAGGCUGGGCGAUGUUGGUAGCCCAGCUAGCCUCCUUGUAGCACGGAGGGACAGUGGCUACAGCAGGAGGUUAAAACCAUGCUUAAACUUGGGUUCAGAUCCCUCGAAACUGCAGUUUCAGGCAGGUACUUUAACUUCUGGUGCAGCAGAAAACUCAACUGCACGAAUGAGGAAAAUAAAAAUCAGGUGAUUCCUCUGAGCCACCAUUUCUAUAGGGGUAUUUUGUGGGCAUAUACUUACACAUGUAUGCCUAACUUAUGUAUUUCAUGCGCUUUAGUCUCAUUACAAAUAAUUGAGGGAGGGCUUAUUUCAAAUGAAACAGAGGUAGUUAUCUGCAUGGGUUUGUAAGCACUGAUUUAUUUUUUGGUGGCGGUUGAAAGAAUGGCCUUUAGUAGUCAAUAUCCCUUAGUAUUUUGAGUUUGUUCUCACUUUAAAAUAUUUGUUUUCAGACCACCACACUGGUCUCCUUAUGGAAGCAGCUGUUUCUCUCUGGCAUUGAGACCCCAUGGAGAAGCCGAGGAGGGGGAUGGCUCUACAUAUCCAUGAAGCCUGGAUACUUCUGUUGGUAAUCCCUGGUUUGGUGACUCCGGCUGCCAUCAAUCAUGAAGACUACCCUGCUGAUGAAGGGGACCAGACCUCCAGUAAUGACAACCUGAUCUUUGAUGACUACCGAGGGAAGGGCUGCGUGGAUGACAGUGGCUUUGUGUACAAACUGGGAGAACGUUUUUUCCCGGGACAUUCCAACUGUCCCUGUGUCUGUACUGAGGAUGGACCUGUUUGUGAUCAACCAGAAUGCCCUAAAAUCCACCCAAAGUGUACAAAAGUGGAACACAAUGGAUGCUGUCCAGAAUGCAAAGAAGUGAAAAACUUUUGUGAAUAUCAUGGAAAAAAUUACAAAAUCUUGGAGGAAUUUAAGCCCUCGCCAUGCGAAUGGUGUCGCUGCGAGCCCAGCAAUGAAGUUCACUGUGUUGUAGCAGACUGCGCAGUUCCCGAGUGUGUCAACCCAGUCUAUGAACCAGAGCAGUGUUGUCCGGUCUGCAAAAAUGGAAGUCCUGAAAUGGCCACAUUUUAAGAUUUAAAACCCCUUCAGUCAAAGUCUAUGCAAUAUGCUGAUUGAUUGUGCAAAUGCAAGUUGAGUGUGACCGGCCAAGAAGAGGACAUAUCUCCCAUGCUGGACUUUGCUGGACUCCACAACCCUCUUCGUAGGUCGGAGAGACCGAAACCGGUAGCGUAGCAUAGCCACAUCACCCUUUGCUCUUGGUGGAUGAAGAAUUGACAGCAGCCAGCCAGCUUUUUGGGUACUCUGUUGCCCCCACGGCCAGCAGCCCUUUUGGACGGCACGCUGAGCGGCCACGGGAAGGACCUGCUCCUCGUCACGCAGCAUUCACCCAGGGCAUGGGGGCUGAUGGUUGUUCUACAGCUGAUUCCUUUUGUGCUGACAAAAAGAUGCCAGCCCGGAUUGGGAGUCUUCUUCCAUUUUGGACACCAUCCCAAAUCAGGAGUCUCCUGUUUUUUGCAGCGCUUGUAGAAGCGGCCUUAACAUAGCGAUGGCAGAGCCUGGUACAUCAAGGCUUCGUGCCUGCCUAUGAAAAUCAAUGCUUAUGGAAGGCUGAACACAAAAGAAAAUUCCUGAGACUACAAAGGAUGCCUUUUUGAUUGUUUGUCAGCUAAUGUUCUUUGUGUUUACCAGCAGGAACAUAAACUGCGGUGCCCUGUUAGCUCAAUUAAAGGAGUGAUUUGAUUACCAACCAAGGAAGAAAGGGAUUGAUUUAAAAACUGGUAAAAGAUCAAGACUGAAAACAAGGCGGUAUAUUUGGGCCAGGCCACCACUGACCCAACAAAAUACUUCAGUACUUGCUCUACUGUUCCUUUAAAAAGAUGUUAUUUCACUGAAAUUGAUUUUCAGCUGAGCUUGUUCACCUCCAUUACUUCGGGCCAACUGGUUAAAGGCUGGUAGACGCCGCAUUUUCUGAUGAGAGUUAGGUGCAUAGGAAUCUGUAAACCCCUCUGCUGCUUUUGGAAAUCUCGUGCGGAUGCUUAAAGAUGCUGCUGAAUCAGGACUAUGACCUGCUCCCUGUGGACACAGCUGUUGGAAGUCAUCUGAUUUGGGUGAGAAGCUUUGGAAAGCUAUACAAAUAAAUCUUCCAAAAUGAGCCACCCCAGCGCUGGGUAGCAUCAAGCAGGGCUGGGUUGAAUUUACCACCUCCUAAAGCAUAGAAGAAGGAGAAACUUUAAGAGGGGAGGGAGUGGAAAGGCCUUUAGAGAAUAAAAAAGACACGAACAGGCCGGUGGUAAAUGUGAUCAACUCCACCACACAGCUCAGUGCUCACACGAAGCAGUAGCUGUGGGACUGUGUAGCAUGAGAGCGACUGGGACGCUGCCAGGAAAAGCCCUAUGCAGGGAGUGCUGCAGUGGGGAGCCAGCGGGAUGACAGCCCAUUGCCACCCAAAAUGUUCAUCUGUGAGCUUACAGGUCAGCUAAGUGCUUCCCAAGUGUUUGUGGCCUUUUCCUUUGCCCAGGAAGCAAGAAAAGGAUCGUUCACAUAUUAAAGGCAGGAGAAGACUCUGCCAGGCAGGAGCUGAAAGCCACCAUCCUGAAUUUGUACCCGAGGUCCUAACCAUGUUUCCAUGCCCAGCAGAGCUUUAAAUGAAUGUCUACCAUCACCCUGAAGAGGAGGUCUGCGGAGGAUUAUGAGAAGUCAUUUGGUGGAUGGGACUUGCUCCAAAGCUCUCAUUAUAAGGACACAGCUCACGGAGGUGUUGGAAACAUGUUAUGUGUGGUCUGCGUUGGUCUUUAAACUCGGAGAUACUUAUGAAGAAGCAUUUGUUUACUGGGGAUUGUUUCCCAUUGGGAAAAUGCUGCUGACAUCUGUGUGCACAAGUCUAUGGCAGAAGUGGUUCCAGAUCCACUGUUGUCGCAGUAGCAUUUUAUAGAGGAGGGGGUGGGCUUGGUUUUUUUUUUGGUGAAGAAUUUCCUAGAUUCCUGUUGGGAAACCAGGUUCCUUUUGCAGAACAUAAGCAGCCCAGGCAAUACUGAAAUUCAGACAGGGGUGGUUGUUGCUGUCCCCCACAUAAUCAGAUUAUUCGUGCAAUGUAAAAGACCAAAAGCGACGUUUUUAUCCAAUUACAUUGCUGUAAACCACUUUGCUGCAAGAGAAACCUGGAGCCAACUCCUGAGUCCGUGUCACUUGGUGUAAUGCCAGCAGCGUUGGUUUGCUCGGAUUUACUCACACUGAGGAUCUGACCUGCAAGAGCUAAUAUCUCUGGGUGACUCACAGGCAAAUUGCAGGAGGCUGGGGUGUUGUGCAUGGUCAGGCUUUCUGAAAGGAUUAGAGAUGGGUUUGCUUCUGCUCCUCUCGAAGGUUGGGAUUAUUAAGCAUAUCUGUAUGGGAAGAGUGGCAGACACUGUCUUCAUGUAUUUCUAAUUUAAUGAAUGUUUAAUGCUUCUUUUAUUGGAGCCAACAUAUAUGUAGAGUAGAGGACUUUAACAAGGGGUUGACUUAUGUCAAAUAAUUGAUGUUUGAGCUGCUCCUUUUACAUGAAAUGCAGACUUUACAGAGCAAAGAGACUGUAAUGAAAAUAUGAAUUAAAGAUUAGAGCUAAGCAAGUCUGAGAAGACUUAGAAUU